AAACACCGGGUGCUCGGUUGGUGCAAUCGAGGGAAACGCAACACCUUGUGACAUCAGCCGGCCGUAAUCGUCUGCCAGUCUGGAGCAGCGGAGAAGAAGGCGGAAAAAAAAAAACACAGACGGGAAAGAUCAGCUGGAAGAAGAGGACGUGGUGGGAAAAAAACUCGUCUCACGGCCGUUCUUUUUGGAGCUACGGACCCCCAACGCUGCGGGGGGGAAGAGUCGCCCAUCUUAUCCAGUAAGUCAAAACGCUCGGUUAGGUUGACUCGCCGAAGGAUGAAGGCCUUCGUCUCGUUCAGCAUCCUCGUGUCGGCCUGUCUGUCCGCGGCGACGUCGUCCUACAGGGCGAGAUCUCAGAGUUCAGUGAGCGACGAAAAUGCGGUGGUCUUCACCUACGGACGUCUGUUGUACAGUAAGAGCAGGCAAAGGCCACAGAUUCGAUACAACAAUCCUGCAGUGCAAGGAGAACAUCAGAUGACAACGAAUUUGUACGGGUGGAACGAGGCUCACUACUGGCUGAGAUUCUGGCACCCCACGCUAAACAGAAGGCCAACAUCAACCAUGGCAGCAGCAAAGACUACAGCGAGACCUGGAGUCGUCACACACCGAGGGGACACCAGCUUUUGGGAAACACGGCCGAAUGUGACAAAUAAGCAAGCAUCAAACGGAAAAGAAAAUGCCAUAAGAACGACGACGACAAUCCGGACAGCAACGAUGACAUCAGGCCUCCCAGAGAAAAGAGGAGACAACAUAAUGGGGGCCAACACACCGGCGCCGAACCAAAACCCGCACUGGACCGGUCAGUGGUCUGUUCUGAAGGUGGACGUGGUGACUAAAACAAGAGAGGCACACACCCCAGGGUCGAGGUCCGAGACGGAAAAUCCCGGGAAAAGUCGCACGAAAACACAAACACAGAGAACGUGGCCAGCGGAGACGAGGAACGGCAUGAAGCCUGAUGGGAGCCCAUCGACUGCUAUGGCAACACUGGGCAGGGCAUACGACUUUACCCAGAAUUCCACUGGCGUUAUUCCCACCGAGAUGUCACAGACAAUGCAAACAGCAGACCUCACGUUACUCUUCACUGCUGUGCCUUUCACCACAAAGUUCAGGUCCACUUUGGCCCACAGAGGAAGAGGAGGAGGAGGAGGAAGUUCACAUCAUGGAGGUCCCGCUAGCAGCAGGGAACCCCAAAUCAGAGGAGAUAACUACCUUCCCCUGAGCUACAGGAGUAUGGCUGGUGACCCCGGAGAAGUGACCACUAACUGGACCGAUGGACUUCAGUCUGCCACCGCAUCCCAGCCUGGAAGGUCCCCAAAGCUCACGUUUGAAAAACAAGCAAUUAACCGUUUCACCGGGAGCACCCGCAAGGGCACACGUAAAAAACGCAAUACGAGCGGGAACAACGUCGAGAAACUGGGCGGGCUGCCCUCCCUGAAGGAGCUCUUAAAGGGGCGAUCGCUUCGAGGCGACUCGGAGAGCGUGGAAGACGGGGGAGUCCUCCAGCGAAGACGAAGAGGCCUCGCUCCGUCACUCCGACCCGAAAUCCAAAGACGGGAAUUUAUGAACAGAAAUGGAGAUCUCAUCGAUUUGCUGAAGACGGCCGAAUCGCUCGAAAUUGCAAAGAUUAAAGUGGACCAGGACUUCAAAAUGGACAGUAACCCCCCAGAGUACGACGCCGCCGGCGACUCCUGGGAACAGUAUUUUAAUGACAACAAUGAGUAUCAAGUCGACGAGUUUAUCAACCCCUGUGAAAACUACCACUGCCCACGAGGGAAGGUGUGUGCGGUCAGCAAAGACAACAAACCGAAGUGCAUCUGCCAGGACCCCUCGACGUGUCUACAGCCCGCCGCUCAAGCUGAGCUUGUGUGUGGCACAGACAACCGAACCUAUGAAAGCUCCUGUCAUCUCUUCACCGCCAAGUGCUUCAGUGAAGGAGCUCAGAGAAGACCAGGCCUUCAUCUCGACUACCUCGGAGCUUGUCGGUACAUCGCCCCAUGCCAGGAUCACGAGCUGGCACAGUUCUCCCUGCACAUUAAGAACUGGCUGAAAGAAGUCCUGGUGCACCUCUACGAGUACGACCUGAAAAACCCGGGAUUCCUGACGAAGAAGCAAAGGAUCAUUGUUAAAAAAAUCUAUGACCUCCAGAGGCAGCUCAAAGUGGGCGCGUACACCUCCAGCUGGCGACGGAGCACCUUUGAGACCAAUUACCUGAUGCACGUCUAUCCAGUCCACUGGCAGUUUGGACAACUCGACCAGAAGCCUGCUGAUGGCUACCUGAGUCACUCUGAGCUGGCCCCCCUUCGCACCUCGCUGAUACCCAUGGACCACUGCACCUCCCGCUUCUUCAGAGAGUGUGACCUGAACCGGGACAGACGGGUGUCUCUCAAGGAGUGGUGCUCCUGUUUUGGCACAAGGAAUGAAAUUGACCUUCUGUUUUAACUGCUGACCAGAGUUGCUGGUGUUGUGGAGACAAUCAGCAUCCAACAAAGAAGAAGAAGAAGAAGAGCUGAGGACUACUGAGCGGGUGGGGGGUGUGGGGGUCCUUCUUUUCUUUGUUGUUGUGACCUUUCAGCUCUAACUCACUACACACACAGUUUCACCAUCUCCUCGAUGUGGAGGUCCCCUGAUGUUCUGGCCACAUUAUCACCCAUCAUUUGCACGAACGUUCUUUUCCCAUUUUCAAAAUGAAUUUCACGCCCAUCUGUGGUGGACUGGCGUCCCUUCCAGGGUGGUACCCCCUUGCCUUGUGUGUCUGCUAUUACUGGGCUUCAGCACCAUGAGACCCUGAACUGGACUGAGCUGAGCUGGCAUGGCUGCAUUUCCCUGCUUGACCACAGGUGUCGCUAUUUCCCAGUUUCUCCAAAAUGUUGUGUGUCAGAGUUGCCAUAAACCAGACACGUUCCCCCGUGUUUUAUAAAUCCUGAUAUCUGCGUACAUAAGCUUUAUAAAUGGAUUAACACUGGGGGUCCCAUUUUGGUAUUAGACUGCAGAAGCGGGGUCUGGGAUUUGAGGUCCAUGUCUGACAGCAUGCAGAGCCACACCAAGAUGUCCAUCGAAAUGCAGCCUGUCCUGGUAACGUCUCGUACAUAAAGUAACGCGGACCCUCAGAGAAGCAGCUCAACUUCAAGUCAACACCAACACGGCCCCUCACAGAUCCUCACAGGACCAGACUGGCUUGGAGGGGUGGCAGUGCCAGUGCUCAUCCGCUGCUCCAAAAAUCCAUCAAUAUCGAUGUCCCGUAAACUGACUCUGUGCAUAAUGGCGACUGCUGCUCUGGAAUCCAAACAUACAGACGCCUCACCCUCACUGCAGAGUGACAAAGUGAAAGGGGACACUUCAGACACCUUCGCAAAUUUCUAACAAACAAAGACAUUGAAAUAUCACACUGAUGAAAGCUUUCAGACCCUCCACUCUGGCUCAGGAGCAUCCCGUUCUAUUGAGAUUUUCCUUGAGCAAUGGAUGAAAGUGGGAGGUGGGACUUCAGAGCUCUUAACCAAAGAAUGAAGGUCUCGAGUAGAAAUGCUUGAACCCUGGUCAGUUUACCAGAAGUAGUGUCUGCGCACCUGUGUGUCCAUUCAGCUGCUACGUCUCUGUCAUUCCAACAAACAUCUACAGUAAUAAAAGGCAUUGCAUUUGUCAUUCCAACA